UGCUGCUUCUGCGCCAUGUAAUGCCCUUGAUGAAGGAGAAGUGUUCGAAAAGGUCAAUGUGGAAAUAAGUCCAAUAAAUGUUGAGACAAAUAAAGGAAAGAAAGAAGCGCUUUCGAAGAAAGAUGCAUUAUCACGACCAAAAGGUGAAAAUACAUUACGAAGUACAGAUGCAUUCUCACGACCGAGCAGCUCGAAGAGUUCAAGUAAAACAAAGGAAUUCACUCAAAGCAAAUCAACUUCUUCAAAAGCGAAUCCUAUAAACAAAUCAGAAGCAUCCCUAUCACCAGCACUGCCGAAGGAAAAGAUGAAAUCAAAGAAAAGUUCUGGAACGAUUUCAUCUCAAAAAUCCAAGACUGAUAAGAUAAAAAGCAUCAAAUCUCAAUCAAAGACGAUGAAAGGUAAAGUCAAAGAAGGUGCACGCGAAGAAAAAAAGCAAGAGAAUAAGGGAAAAAAGAAAAAAGAGGAGAAAGAAAAACACCGCGGAGAAUUUAAAAUUUAUCAAAAAAAAAUGAAAGUAUCAGAAAAUCUUAAAAAAAAAGAAGAUAUAAAGGAUGUGAAAAAAAAGAAAGAAAUGGAAUAUGAAAUAACAAAAGGCGAAGGGAAAAAACAGAAGGACAUGAAAGUGCUGCAUGCAAAUAUAGAACAAAGCGAAUUAGCAUUAGGAAAUGAGAAAUUAAUAGAAACUUCAGGGAAGCAUGAAUUAAACCUGGAAACUUCAAAGCUCGAUUCAGAUAAGUUAUUGGGUAAAGCGGAAUCAUUGCCAGCAAAUGGUUCUUUAGAAGGAUAUCCACAAAAUACAUCGGAUAUUAAUUUGGUGCUCAAACCGAUCGAAAUGACGAAGAAAGACCCAUCAUUAUUUGAAAAAAUGGAUGACGAAAUCGUGUUGGAUACCAAUCUCCUGCAAUCAUUGGCUACUGAUUUAGUAACAGAGUCCGAUAAAGUAAAUAAAGAUGUCAUAGGAGAAGAUAUUGCUAAAAAAUUAAUUGAAAUCGAGAAAAAGGAUCAAUCAUUAAUAGAAGAUCAUAUUAAAGAUGAAAAAGAGGUCGUAAUAUCCGAGGUUGCAAGAAGAAUAGUAGAAGCAUUAACAUCCAAUCAAGUCCUCGGUAAAGUACUCACACCCGAAGAAGCUACCAUUUUAAGAGAUUAUUUCAGUCGAAAAAUACCAUUAAGUGAAAAGGUCCUUGCAACGUUGGAUACAGCACUUGACAAAAUUUUAUGCCGAGCACAUGAAUUUUAUGAUGACAAGAAAGAAUUGGAUGCAUUCCUAAAAGAUCGAGAUUCUGCAAAAGCAAAAAUUCUUGAUGCACUUAUAGCCAAAAAGUCAAAUUAUCUGGCUGACUUAAUGAGCGAUGCUAGUUUCUAUGCUGAUCGAAUUAGCAAAGGAUUAAUUGAUGUCUAUAAGUUAGCAACAGAAGGAAUUCUAGUUGCCCGUGAUAACUUGCAAUACAUGCAAGCUGCCGUCGGCCAAACCUAUCAUUAUUCCAAACAGAUGGCAUAUCGCGGUGCUGCACUGACUUACGAAACAGCCGCACGCGGCAAAAAAUUGGCUGAAAUUGGUGCUUCUGCUAGCGCACAAAUGACAUCUGAUGCUGCAAAAAUGACAUUAGACGCUGCAAUCCGUGGGAAAGAACUCGCAGAACGAGGAGCAGCGAUCGGCACAAAAAUGACAUCUGAUGCUGCGAAAAUGACAUUAGACGCUGCAAUCCGUGGGAAAGAACUUGCAGAACGAGGUGCAGCGAUCGGCACAAAAAUGACAUCUGAUGCCGCGAAAAUGACGCAAGAUGCUGCCUUUAAAGGAUUGCAAAUUGCAGGAGGAACAAUUCACGUUGCUUCUAUAGGAAAGGAAAUGGUAAAAGACACCUUGACAGCAGCAAGCAGUACUACGGUUGAUCUCUCCGAAACUGCUCUUGAAAGUACAAUCCAAGCCACUAAAUUGGUUGGCAAAAAAGUACAAGAUCUUACUGGAGCAAUGAAUCAAGCUAAAUCGCAAAUUCAAAAAUCCGGUGAAUGGUUUUUGUCGUUUUUUCAACCAGCUACAACAUCUGAAGCACCAAGUACCUUAAAAAAAGUAAAAGACAAUGACAAUGACGAUGACUCAAGCGACGAUGAGAGUGAUAAGAAUGAUACAAGUUUAUCCUCAAAUGAAAAAAGUGGAGUGAUGAAUGAGUAA